GGAUCCAGUGUGAGUUUGGCAUCUUCUCCUCCCGUAGGGUGUUAGUUCUCUUCCUCUGCGCGUAGCCAACUACAGAGACAGCCCGUGAGUAGCCAGGUGGUGGUGGUGGUGUGUGUUGGCUGCAGACUGCUCGAGAAACGAAGUGAAUCUGAAACUGGAAGAGCCCCGAGUGACGCAGGGAGAAUCAGCCGCAUUGGUCUUGCAGAACUGAUUAUCUGCAGGAACAAAGUUCAACCUGACAGGGAAGUGGGGACGAAACAGAACAUUGAGUCUUCACCUCAAGGCAAAAGUACAAGCAGGUUUAAUGGCUGGAAGGUUUGAGUGAAGGUGCUUACAUUUGGCAAGUUUAAAGCAGAAUGUCUGAAGGCAGGUUGAGUGCAAAGGCUCUAUAUGAGCAACGGAAGAAGUAUUCCAAUUCCAAUGUCAUCAUGCACGAGACUUCACAAUACCACGUGGAGCAUCUGGCCACGUUCGCCAUGGACAAGAGCGAGUCCAUCGUGACAAUCGAUGACGCCAUCAAGAAAUUGGUGCAGCUGGACAUAAAGGGCAAGGUGUGGACUCAAGAGAUGCUGUUUCAAGUGAAUGACAAUUCCAUUAGACUACUGGACUGUGAAAGUCAGGAUGAACUGGAGAACUUUCCACUAAACAUUGUGCACCACUGCCAAAAUGUACACAACCAGUCCAAAUACCAGUCUGUGUUACUCAUCAUCUGUCAGGACUCCGACCAGCACAAGCCCGACAUACACUUCUUCAACUGUGACGAGGUCGGGGCCGAGAUGAUCCACGCGGAUGUAGAGAGUGCAAUCUCCGAUUGCAAAGGCGGACAGAAGAUACGACCACAGACCUUGAAGGUAAACCAGGAGAAGAUGAAGAGACAACGAGAGACGAUAAUCCCAUCGCCCCCUCACUCUGCCGCACCUGCCCACCCCCCCGAUCUCAACAUGAGCCGGGCUGCAGCUCUGACAGCGCAGAACGACCAAGUGGAACACAACAGGAGAACCUCUAACGUCCAGGAGUACGAGGAACCACCGGAAGUCGUGGCUCAAAGGAUUGAGAAAGAUGUGCAAAUCCUAAACUGCACGCUGGACGACAUUGAGUUUUUUGUGGCCAAGCUCCAGAAGGCUGCUGAGGCCUACCAUCAACUCAAUCAUAGGAAGAAAUCCAAGAAGAACAAGAAAAAGGCACCGGCUGAGGGCAUGCUCACACUGAGAGCAAAGCCUCCAUUACCAGCAGAAUUCACCGACUGUUUCCAAAAGAUCAAGCUGACCUUGAAUUUGCUGGCCAAGCUGAAGAGGCACAUCCAAAAUCCAAAUGCAGUGGAAUUGCUUCAUUUCCUGUUUGGACCACUUGAAGUGGUGAUUAACAGCACUGGAGGACCAGAAGUAGCGAGAAGCAUCGUGAGCCCUCUGCUUUCCAAGGACGCGACAGAUUUUCUACGCGGCCACCUAACUCCGAAAGAAAUUUCGCUGUGGGAGGCGUUGGGAGAGGCGUGGACCCGAUCGAGGGCUGACUGGCCAAGAGACAUCCAUGUUCCCCCGUACGUGCCAAAGUUUAGGAAUCGCUGGGAGCCGCCUCUGGAGAAUUUCCGGGGAGUUCCCUGGGAGCUGGAUGCACCUCACGGACCAGAGAUGGAUGGUCAGCGCAGACAGGAGGAGAUGAGAUCUUCUGUGGAGCAAUCAAUGGCACCAUCCUUCCCUCCUCCAAAUGGGUAUGAAUUCGGUAACACAUCUUUCAAGAGAGGCCAGAUUGGUGACCAGAAUAUUGCAGUGGAUGCUUUUAAGCAGAGUGUUUGUCGGCAUGUGGAUAGAAAUUAUGAGGCGCAAGGACUUCACCCUCCGAAGAAACAUGUUAAAAUAGUGUAUGACUUUGUGGCAAGGAAUGCCAAUGAAAUCUCUGUCUUAAAGGAUGAUAUAUUGGAGGUGGUGGAGGAAAGCAAGCAAUGGUGGAAGCUGAAGAGCAAGUUUGAUGAAGUUGGGUUUGUGCCUUCCAAUAUGUUCGUUCCAAUAAAUCCAGAAGAUAUACCGAGCCAGUCUGAAAAAAGCCUGAGUGGCCAAUGGCACAAAGGAGAGACGAGUGCUCGAGGAACAGGCUCUGCUGCUUCCACCGGACCAUUCACCACCCAAGGCCACGUGAGGCAUGGAAGUCAUGAGCUGCCAGGACUGGCCAACAGGCCCUUCGCAAGGAACAAGGAACACAUGAUGAAUCAGAUGGAUGAAGUGAAUGACGAACUCCUACAUAUGAUCAUCGGUAACAAAGCAAAACGCAUCUUCCAGGUCCCAAAGUCAACCUCGGUUCAGGUACCACUUGGCUACGAGUCCAACACAGAAGAUGUUAAAUCCUGGUUGGUAGUGAAAGGAUUCAGUAGAAUGACAGUAACGGGAUUAGGUAUAUUGACCGGAGCCCAGAUCUUUUCCCUCAAUAAAGAGGAACUGAAGAUGGUGUGCGGAGAGGAGGGAGCACGAGUUUACAGCCUAAUCCAAGUACAAAAGGCUGAAUUAGAUAAGCAUCGAGGUGAUACGGAGCUGGAAGAAAUCAUGAAACGAAGGCAAGAGAGGAUUGAUUCAAACAGCUAGAAGUUUGCAGACAUUUGUUCAGCAAUGGGAUCGUAGGGUUACCAAGUCGUCUAUGAAUUGGAAGCAAAACAGACAAAUGACAUGUAUGCAUAGAGAAAUGUGGUUCUCUUGGACAUAAUUAAUAAUAAACACUAAUUGUUUGUGUAUCUCA